AUGAAGGCCACUUUCUUCGCCGCCGCCGCGGCCAUGGCUGGUGCCGCCAGCGCCAACAACCACCGCCACGCUCACCAGAAGUUUGCCAAGCGCGGCCAUGCUGCCAGUACUGGCUUCCCCAUCGCCGCCACCGGCGAGGUUUGCCUGCCCGGCUGCACCACCAUCUGGAAGACCAUCACCGGCGAGGCCACCCUCGUCCCUGUCACCGUCACCACCGUGACCUCGACCUCGACCAACACCUCAACCGUCACAAUCACACCCAGCCCUACCUCGGUCUCGGUCCCUGUCCAGACCAAGACCGUCGUCGUCGUCCCUACCCCCGAGGUCCAGCGCUGCCCUACCCCCGGCACAUACACCUUCCCGGCCACGACCAUGACCGUCACUGACACCACCACCGUCUGCGGCGCCACCACCACCAAGGUUCCCGCCGGUACUCACACCGUCGGCGGUGUCACGACUGUUGUCACGACCCUGACCACUGUUACUUGCCCCGUCGCUACUGUCGUCACCAACGGCGGCGUCGCCACCAGCACCAUCAGCCUGACCGAGUACGUCUGCCCCACCGCCGGUACCUACACCAUCGGUGCCCAUACCACCGCCAUCGCCACCGAGACUGUCAUUGUCUACCCCACGCCCACCGUCAUUGCUCCUGGCACCUACACCAAGCCCGAGGUUGUCGUGACCGCCACCGUGACCGACUACGUGACCGUCUGCCCCUUCACCAGCUCCGGCCUCCCCACCGCCACGCCUACUCCCGUUGCCAUCAGCACCCCCGUCCCUGCUCCUGCCGUCAGCACUGCUACCCCUGUCCCUGCUGCCCCCAGCUCGGUCGCUCCUAGCUCGGUCGCCCCGAGCUCUGCUGCCCCUAGCGCUUCUGCUCCCGCCGCCCCUGGAACUAGCAAGACUGAGGUCAAGGGCACUAACGAUCACUUCGCCAUUACCUACGGCCCGUACGACAGCGCCACCGGUAACUGCAAGUCCGGCGACCAGGUCAAGAAGGACAUUUCUCAGAUCAAGGCGGCCGGUUUCCAGGCUGUCCGUAUCUACGGCACCGACUGCGACACCCUCGUCAACGUUGUCCCCGCCUGUGUCUCGCAGGGUCUCCAGAUCAUUGCCGGUGUCUUUGUCAAGCCCGGUCAGCAGUGCUCCAUCAACACCCCCGAGGUCAAGAAGCAGGUCGAUGACCUCGUUGCCAUGAACAACUGGGAUGCCAUCCGCCUGCUCGUCGUCAGCAACGAGUCCAUCAUGAACGGCAUCUGCUCCGCCUCUGAGCUCGUCCAGCUCAUCAAGGAUGUCAAGGCCCAGUGCUCCGGCUACCAGGGCCCCGUCACCAUUGCCGAGACGCUCAACAUCUGGCAGCGCCAGGAUGUCGCUGACAGCCUGUGCCCCCUUGUCGACGUUGUCGGCGCCAACAUUCACGCCUUCUUCAACCCCAACGUCGACGCCUCGGGCGCCGGUGUCUUUGUCAAGGGCCAGAUGGACAUUCUCCAGGGCAUCUGCGGCAAGAACGUCAUCAACCUUGAGACUGGCUGGAAGAACGAUGGCGCUUGCAACGGCAAGGCCUGCCCCGGUGCCGCGGACCAGUCCAAGGCCAUUAGCUCCAUCCGCAAGACCUGCGGUGACGCGUCCGUCUUCUUCUCCUUUGACAACGAGGGCUGGAAGCCCCAGGCUGACCAGCGCUGGGGUCUCGGUGCCAUCUUCAACUUCUCCCAGUAA